AUGUCAAUAAUCCAAGAGCUGAGCACUGUUGCCGGCCAACUUACUGUGUUCCAGCGCACGCCUAAUACUGCGCUUCCUAUGCGUCAGGUCGAUUACGAUGACCAGAACAAGCCAUUCUCUCUUGAAGAGGUCGAGACCUCGCUAGCAGCACGGACGAAGUCGUUCGCCGGCUUCGACUAUAACUUCUUACCCCGAAAAUGCUUCGACGACACGCCGGAGCAACGUGCCGAGGUGUACGAGAAGCUCUGGCAGGAAGGUGAUUUCAAAUACUGGCUUGCUACGUAUAGCGAUACCUUGUUUGCGCAGGAAGCGAACCGAGAGUGUUACAACUUCUGGCGCGACAAGACGCGCGCUAAAAUCAAUGGUGUGUACAGAUGA